AUGGCGACCUCGUUGUUCUCCUUCCUCACGGCUAAGCCAACCCUCUUCGUCCUCGCAGCCAUCUGUCUCCUCCUCGCACCUUCCGCUCGCGCCACCGAUGUCAAGUACUGCGAUGCCAAAGCCAACUAUGCCGUGAAGGUCGAAGGAAUCAAAAUCACUCCUGAUCCUGUGAUUGCUGGCAAGCAGGCUAAUUUCGCAAUCUCAGCUUCCACUGCUGAGGCUAUCUCUGGUGGGCAAGUGUUGCUUGAGGUUUACCUGCUUGGGUUCCGUGUUCAUUCAGAGACCAGAGACCUGUGCGAGGAUAUCUCGUGCCCUAUUGCUGCUGGCGAUUUCCUGCUCUCUCACUCGCAAAGUUUGCCCGGAUUCACUCCACCAGGCUCCUACACACUGAGGAUGACGCUGAAGAACAGUAAGAAGAAGCAGCUGACUUGUGUCAGCUUCGACUUCAGCAUCAGCUGGUGGGCUUUGGUCGCGGACUACUGA